AGAACUUAGAAAAGUGUGGGGAAAAAACCAAGAGAGUGAAUUGUGAUGGCUUACUACAACCAAAAUCCUCCUGCUAUUAAUGUUAACGUUUCUGCUCCACCUCCUGGACAACCUGGAUAUCCUCAACCAGGUUAUCAAGGGUAUCCUCCUCCUCCUCCAGCACCCCAACCUCAAGUUUUUGUCACUCAAGCUCCACCUCAGACUGCAAAUUCAGGGGCAGCAGAAACAGGUUUAAUGGCAUGCCUUGCUGGGUUGUGUUGCUGCUGCUGUUUGGAGGAGACUUGUUGUUUGUUGUGUGCUUGACUUUGCUCACAUGAAGAAUUUACAUGUCUCGCAAUAGAUAAAAGAUUGUGAAACUUUAUUGUUAUCAUCUAGUUAUUGUUAUUGUUUUUGUUAUGGUGUAUCAUUUAAGAAAUGUUGCAACAACAUUAGUUAAAUCUUAUUAUGCUUAAA